AUGGGAGGAUUAGUUUUAGUUAAUUGUGCUCCCGCGAGGCAUUUAGUCACCAUCGAGGCCGAUCGUCGAUGCCGUGGGCUAUCUCGCCGGGUCCCCGCCCUUUCCCCAUCCUUCGACGGUCAUUCCAUGCGAUCAUGGACAUCAAACCCUCGUCCUCCCCCGCCACCGAUCCCGGCAGCGCCUUCAAGCUCCUCCUUGCCUGCCCCGCUGGCCUCCCUAGAUCUCGAGGUUCCGCAUCCUGAUGCUAAGCUCGAAGAUUCGAUUAAUGAGAUAUGGAAUCAGCGAAUUGGGAAGAAUUCAUCACUAUACAACGGCCAAAAGUUCAGGUAUGGAGCUAGUAUUUUGCAUAUGGGUAAUGGCGUUGACCGAGAGUCCUCUGUCUGUCUUCACUUGGGUCUGACAGAUUAUAGGACAUUUGUGGGCACAAAUCUGAAUCCUUCUUGGGAGAUGUUUCUUAUUCCUUCAGAAGAUGAUACUAUUCAUUGCCAACACACAUCAAGCCCCUUGGGUAAUGGUGCUGUUGUAGAAACUAGUGAUAAAAAGAUUCUUGUAUUGCAAAGAAGCAAUAAUGUUGGAGAGUUUCCUGGGUAUUUUGUUUUUCCUGGCGGCCAUUCAGAGCCACUAGAAGUUGGAAUUUCAGCCCAUCAAGCUGAAAAUUCUGAAGUAAUAAAUCGGAAGGUUUCUCAGGAGAUGUUUGAUGGUAUCAUUCGUGAAGUAGUUGAAGAAAUUGGAGUUCCUUCUCAUUCUCUGACCGAGCCUGUCUUCAUUGGAAUAUCCCGUAGAGACUUGAAUGUCAGACCAACCGCUUUUUUCUUUGUAAACUGCAACUUGGAGUCAAGUGAAAUUCACCAACUGUAUUCCAAAGCUCAAGAUGGUUAUGAAUCCACUCAGCUUUAUGCAGUUUUAAAGGAUGAUUUAGCAGAAAUGUCACUCAAAAUGCCCGGGUGCCACCGGGGUGGACAUGCGCUGUAUGAGCUGAUGAUGAACAGAAAAGACAUUGGUUGAUCUCAUUAUAAGUUCUGUUACUGAAUCUGUUGAUGCCAAUUAAUUGAAGCAAUGUUUUGUUCUCAUUGAAAGUUCAGUGAAACUUUAUAAUUAUAUUACCCAUUUCCAAAAUCAACAUAAUGUGGAAAAUGCGCACUUAAUGGCCCUUUCCUUUGACUUU